AUGAGACAUAGACGACGGGGACGACGAGGACCUAAUGGUUAUGGCUUUCCAACGUUUGAAGGUUUCUCUCGUAUGCUGGCUACUUCUGGUGAAGAGUGGACAACUAACUGCGCAAGGACGUCGAACCGCUUCGAACUUGCAUUUCAACAUCACUUUACGCAAAUCAAAUCAUCCUACUCAAAGAGAGUUGCUCAUCAAUAUGUUGUUCAACAAGCAUCAACUGAAGCGGAUUCGCUCAGGACAGCUACAUGCCCAAUUGGAACAAAUUUUGAGGAGAGCUUAUCGCAUGGUUCUGAACGUUCGAUUCGAAUCACCAACGAUCAAUUGGAAAGUUUCCAAAUUCGAACCGCAUUUCCGAACACCACUGUCACGGAGACGUGCGAGAAAAUUGAGAAUUCACGAGGCGGCCCAACAGAGAGUCACUCGAUAACUCUAUCAUGUUUUGAUGAUCUCUCUGAAGAUGAUGGUUGGAACGAUAUUCGUCAACAGAAAUGUCAAGAGACACUUCGCAAGGAAGCGACAACUCCAGCUUAUUUGGAAGACGUCUCCGAAGACGAUGGCUGGAACGAUGUUCGUCAAAAAAAACGUGAGGAGUUGCAUAAUGCAUAUGAGCAACAAAAGAAAAGUAUCGCUAACACGCCGAAGCUUCCAAGUGUAAAUGAGUAUCAAGAGCUGAACUCCCAAAAAUUGGCUGAUGGAAAAGCUCUAAUGGAUUCAUCUCGACAAUCCCUUAACUCUAUUAAUAGCCUCUCUUCACUGGUCAAUGCUGGAGGAGACUGUCGCUCUUUUGAUAUGGCACAAUAUUUUCUGAGGUAUCCCACCGACGAAUGGCAAAAUGAGGAAUUAUCAGUGGAGAUGCCAUCAUGUGAAGAGGUAGCACAAUCAAUGCCCAGUGUUGGAAACACAAGAAAACAAAAUCAAGUCAAGGUUGAGGAAGUUUACUUGGAUUCGGAUGACGACGCCGACAAUGCAGAACUAUUUGUAUGCAUGUUUUCCAAGGCACAACCAACACUCGUCCAUAAAUCAUCAGAAGAUUUGCUCAAAGGUCCAACUCAUGUGCAUAAGUCAUGGAAGUAUGGAAUUCUGCUGAACUGCUUUGAAGUUGUUGGCACAAAUGACCUGGAAUUUGAAAUUCUAAAUUUUGAUUCAAAAGCUGUGACUCAAGGAAAGAUAGGUCGAGCCGGAUAUGAAAAUUUGCCGAACGCCGUUGGGCAACGUAUUCGAUGGAGAGAUGGUCUCAUCGGCGGAUUUCAGAUGGAGGAUGCAACUUCGAUGGCAGUUCUUCAGGCUGACCACAGGCUUAGAGUUAAUGGAUUUAUGCGUGUUAGCUACAUUGGCUUGUCAUCGUACGUGAGCAAAGAAUUUUGGCAACGUUAUCGCCGCGUAAAUGUUAGAAACUCACCGUUAAGCUGGCCGAUAUGGACAUCAGAAUACGGCUUUUUUAAGGUGCCAUUUUCAAGAAUUACAACAAGUGCGAGAAGUGAUGUUGGAACAUUGAAACCAUGCGUUAUAACUCUUGCUGUUGACACACGAUCUCUAAAAAAUGAUGCGUUGGCUUUCAAGAUUAUCGAAGCCACAUUUUUAGAGUUUUUUGAACAGUGCUUCGUGCUUGAUGGUUUAACAAGAUUUGAUGAUCUGACGCUGAAUACUUUGAUGGUUCAAAGUGACGGGACGCGUACAUACAUUUUUGAAUCACCAAUCUUCCCCAACGUAACGUUUCAAGCACUUGAAGACCGAUGCGAGCCCGAGAUUGAGGAUUAUUGCAAAGCUGUUAUUACUGAUCCCAAACAACUCGAAGGACAAAAAAAGCAGCAGUUCCAGGGUGUUUUUUAUCGAAAUCCAUUACGGGAGAAUGUCUUUUGUGCGUUGGUGGUGGGACGUCGUCGCUGGAUGGGAGAUAAAACUGAAGGCCGUUUGGCAAGUUUCACUUCGGCAAGCAGUCUCGAAUUGAUUCGUCGGCGAGCACGUGGAGGUGAAAGCCAAUUAACACAUGAACAGCUCCGAGCCCACGUUGACGCACAAUUGAUCAUGAUCCCGCGGCGU